UCAACCAACGUGCCUGUGAAUCUGAGUUGAACUUCAGUCAUCACAAAACAAGAGCUGCUUCUCUGAGGAUUUACAGCUGUAGACUUUAGAUCAUGGUAGCAUCAUGUUGUGCAACGCUGCCGCUGUUUAAACCUGGCUGGUGUGCGCAAGCGUGAGAGGACGGUGCAAUAAAAGUGAAUCAAAUUAAAGGCUGGCGUACAAAGCCAUGACUGACAAUAGGGCUGUGUCAGAGCCGGAGCUGCUGUGUGAACAUUAGGAAACUGGACGAAGCGACAGACAUUCAACCACUCAACAUUAAACUUACACACUAAACCAUGUCGAAACCGAGCAGUGCGAAGGGCCAAGCCCAGACUGGGACGAGGGGGUUCAUCAGUGGAGUAGUGGAAGGUUUUUAUGGGCGACCCUGGACAAUGGAGCAAAGGACCGAGCUGUUUAAAAGGGAACAGCAGUGGGGUUUGAACACGUACCUGUACGCCCCCAAGGAUGACUACAAACACAGGAUGUACUGGCGAGACCUGUACUCUGCUGAGGAGGCCGAACAACUCAUGGCCCUGAUAUCAGCAGCUAAACAGCAUGACGUCGAGUUCAUCUAUGCAAUCUCGCCCGGUCUGGAUAUCACUUUUUCCAACCCCAAAGAGGUCGCUGCCCUGAACAGGAAACUGGAUCAGGUCAGGGGGUUCGGCUGCAGGUCCUUCUCUUUGCUGUUUGAUGACAUUGAGACUGAGAUGUGUCCAGCUGAUAAACAGGCGUUCAGCUCCUUCGCCCACGCUCAGGUGGCCGUCACUAAUGAGGUGUACCAGCACCUGGGAGAACCUGAGACCUUCCUCUUCUGUCCUACAGAUUACUGUGCUGCAUUCUGCACUCCCAGCGUGGCCCAGUCCUCCUACCUGCACACUGUGGGGGAGAAGCUGCUGCCUGGUAUCGACAUACUGUGGACAGGCCCAAAAGUGGUGUCCCACAAAAUCUCAGUUGAGUCCAUAGAGGAGGUGUCCUCUGUCCUAAAGAGGGCCCCAGUCAUCUGGGACAAUAUCCACGCAAACGAUUAUGAUCCCCAAAGACUUUUCCUUGGACCCUUUAAGGAUCGACCCACUGAGCUGAUUCCCAAACUGAGAGGAGUGCUCACCAAUCCCAACUGUGAGUUUUACCCAAACUUUGUGGCCAUCCACACUUUGGCUACGUGGUGCAAAGCAACCGCUGAUGGAGGACCAAGAGAUGUGGAGAUGAGCGACGAGGAGCAGGACCCCUGCUACAGUCCCCAGAAAGCUCUGAUCCUGGCCCUCAAUGACUGGCUGCAGGAGUUCCUGAGCACAGAUCAACCAGGAGGCCCGUGUCGUCCUCCAGCUCGUCUCAAGAAAGAGCCAUCAGAUGAGGAGCCCAUGCAGACAGACAUGGGUGAAAGCUAUGUUCCUGGACCCGGGGAGAACCCACUGUACACAGCAGAGCCUCUGACCCUGGACGACCUGAAGCUGCUGUCGGACCUCUUCUUCCUGCCAUACGAGCACGGGCCCACCGCCAGGACCAUGCUGCAGGAGCUGGACUGGCUCAAGAGCAACGGCUGCGCUGCUACUGCAGAGACAGACAAGACAGCAGAGUGGUGCUCAAGAGCGCAGCAGUUUGAUGACAUGUGCGAAGCGGUGGUGCAGAUGUUUAACCGCCUGUCAAACGCCCCGAACCGCAGCAUCCUGUACGACCUCUACAACUACAUCUGUGACAUUAAGAGUGGAGUCGGUCUGGCUCGUGCCUAUGUGAAAACACUGGGAGGGCAGGGUCAACCCUCCGCCCAGCUUAUGAACGAUGACCCUGAACCCUGGGGCUUCAGAGGAGGACUGUCUGGAGAGUUCCAGAGAAUGCUGCCUGGACACGGAAACAGGGACCUGUUCAGAUAUCCUCCCAUGACAGCAGUGUAUUGCAUACGGCCAUACUGCCCCGAGGACAAGAUGGAGGUGCGGCGGAUUUUCGGGGCGAUGCAGAUGGCGGGAGAGGGCAAAGUCCCCAUGAUGACGCAGCCUCCACUUAUCUGUGAUAGCCUGUCAGCAGGUGAAAUCUCCCCCUCCCCUCAGUGUGCUUUUGUCCUGGAGGAUGAGAUUGGGACGUGUGGUUACGCACUGGCACUCAUUAAUGCCAAACCAGCUGCAGCCAAGAUUCAGAGGGCAACAACUGACCCAGUGUUUGAAGAAUUCCCUUCUUUGAUCACUAUACAAGUGCUGCCCCGGGUCACUGAUCCCUCUCCAGCCAAAAGUAUGAUUGGUCAGCUGUUGUCCUCCAUCAGGAACAGUGGUUCCAGAGGAGUGUUCUGUGAGUUGAGGCAGAGCGAUCGGAGGAUGCUCGACUUUUACACUAAACUGGGCUCCUUCAAACCCAUCAAAGUGGCUGGUAUACCUCAAGACAUCCUCGCCAUGGCAACAGGCCUGUGAACAAGAUUACUCACAAAUAUUUUCCUCAGGUUUGAACUGUUGUGUGAAGAAUCUCCAAGUUUGCUGCAUGUUGAACUGAUCCAGCCAAUCUGUCUUGUCAUUUUUGUCAGUUCAUCAGAUAAUCUGUAAUUUACCAGCCAUCACAAUGAACCAGUCUCCCCCUGUGAAGCUGUAACAUUAGUCAAGGAAACGCUUAAUGAAAUUUGUGUAACAAACUACUGUAUAAUUAAAAGUGUGAUGCAAAACUGUUGAAUUUUUAG